AUUUGUUUAACUACAUAAUACAGCUAUUUAUAUAAGCAGAAAUUAAAAAAAAUCACGUGGAAUCUUAAUUUUCGUCAUCACGUGAAAUGGAACAAAACUCGUUGACCGUUGUCCCAUCUGUUAACAUUGAAGAAGAGUGUAUAAGCCCACUUUUGGACUAAAUUAUAUGCACAGCAAUGAUUUAGAGAUACCACCCAUACAAAUAGACGAAUUUUGCCCAAUGGAAGAUAAAAGCUUUUAUAUAUCAGAUAGUGAAUUAAGUAAAAUCAAACGAGAAGCUAUUAUUGAUCCCACGUUUGAAUUUUUUUCAGCACAAUGCGAUAUAGAAAUUGACCAUGCAACAGAUUAUUUACAACCUAGUAGCAGCAUGCAUGUUCCAAGUCUUAUGACAAAUAGAAGAAAUAAAGAGAAAAAUAAAGGAAGACACCUGUAUUAUUGCCUGUCUGUAAGAAAAAGUUUCCAACAGUGUUGUUAAGAAAAAUACAUCUUACAAAGCACUUUGGUAAAAAUCUUGUGACAUGUUACCAUUGUGGUCAAAUAUUUGCCAAACAAAUCUCCUAUUUAUUUCAUUAUUCACAACACUUCAUAAAACGGGGAAAUUUACAGCUGUUCAAAUGUGAUAUGUGUCUUAAAAAAGUUCGAUCAAAAUUCCAACUGGCUGAACAUAUUAUGUUUGCACAUUUCAUGAAUGAUGAAAAUGGCAAAGCUAAAAAAUUUGUGGUGAACACAGUUCCGUUAUAUAAAUGUAAAUUGUGCACAAAACCAUUCAGGCACAAGUAUCAAUUGGAUAAUCAUUAUAGAGGGCUCACUUGCAUUAAUAAACAGUCAGACGGUGAGAAGUAUACUUGCCAACAGUGCCCUAAAUUUUUCGAGAAUCCAGAAGCUUUGAGUGUGCAUAUGUCUAAUCACCCGUCUAUGAACAUGCCUAAGAAUCGUCCGUUUAAAUGUCAAUACUGCUUAAUGUUCUAUUACAAAAAGGAAAAGUGGCAAGAACAUAUUUUGAAACAUAUAACAUCAAUAGAACCUAUUUUAAAUCAAUGCGAUGUGUGCCAGGUGCAAUUUAAGAAGAAAGAAAUUUUCGACAACCACGUUAAUGUGAACACACUCAAAGAACCUUACCAAUGCCUGGCCUGUAUGCAAUAUUUUAGUCUAAAAUGCCAUCAGUUUACAAGCUGCGGUAAAUCUGUACAACCCCCACAAAGUGACUAUCGAGCAGUCUGUAAAAUAUGUGAUAGACAUUUUAUUUCUGAUAAUAAUUUAAAGAGACACUUGCUAAGGAUACAUGAUCCACUUAGAACGCCUCCGAAGGGUUUCUUCUAUGAAAAAAGAUAAUAAAUCAAUAACAAAAGUUCUUAAAUAAAUUACAAAAUCAAUGGUUUGUAUGUAACAAUAAGUAAUAUUUGCUUGAGGUUAUAUGACUAGAAUCGGGAUAGAGUCAAUCACAAAAAUGUUAUAUACACUGGCUUCAUUUGAAACAGGACAAGGUGUGGCUAAUAAAUAUCGAGACUGAUGCUGUAAAACACUUUAUUUUGAUUAUUUCAAUACACACAAAACACACAGCUCCUUCCAGUAUUGGAAGUUUGCUUCAGGAUAUUUCUUCUGUCCUGUUAAUUAAUAGCCACAUGUCCUUUAAAUACAUACUGUUAUAUGUAAUAUUUGUUAUACCUGUUAAAUUGUUAUUUUAUUGUGAAAUUUCAAAUUAAUUUUUUUUUCAGGGUCAUAAAAAUUUC